GAGAGAACACCGCCGAAGGGAACUUGAAGGUCUGCAAGCGAAGGGUUCUGUAGAAACUACUAACUGAACUCUCUCCUAGUCUUGUAGCAAACCCAAGGAUGCAAGGAGGGCCAUCGUUGGAUUCGAACACGUGCGCUGAUGUUGCAGCCCCCUCCUUCGACAUUCGCCAUGGCAAAAAUGUGCGCGUGAUGCAAAUAGACGCGAGAAACAAAUGGGAUGGGCGCCAACGAGAGGAUUAGGGGGAUUUCAGCUCGCGCAAAUAUGCGGGAGGGAUCAUCACGGAUGCGCGGCGACAAAAAGAUUGGGGAAGCUUGCAGAAGCUGUUGGAGUGGAAGAAAACUAUUUUUUCUCCGAAAAACACUUUUUCAGGUCCUUUUAUCAUCCUUUUGAAGAUGCUAUAAGAUAAUCAUAUUUUAACGUUAAACGGUCAAAUACGUUAAUAUCCGAUAUUAUGCCGCUAAAACCGCUAAAUUCCAUAUGACUUAGCGUGCUAAAAUCACAUGGGCCGAGUGCAAGUAGGGAUGGAACUAGACAUCUGAAUUUUUAUUACAAAUUUGAUGUUUUGAAAUAGCUAUGUUAGAAAUUUUAUGCUAAUCUUUUCUUGUAUCAUAAGCAUAUUAUUACAAAUAAGUAUAAAAGUUUGUAUAGAUUUUUUAUGCACUAUUGGAUCCCUACAACGAAAGGGUGAAAAAACAUGAAUCCGUAUCUGAAUAUUUGUAUUGUUUGCAGAGUGAAGUUUGAAUAUAGAAAUAUGAAUUGGUAAGCUACUGGAAAUAUAAGGUUGUCUGUAAUAGAUUGUGUAAAAUACAUGAAUCAUAUUGUAUAUUAUUUUGUUUACGGAGUGAAGUUUGGUAGUGGAUGAGAGAUAGCUACCAGAGAUAGCCUUACUCGUUUCACCUAAUGUUAAAUGUUUUAAAUAGGAGCCAUGAAUUCUAUUACAAUGCAAAUAUUAAUGUUUAUGAUACCAAUAAAAUAUAUUAGGAACCAACGUUUCAUUACAAAUCUAAUAAUAUCUAUUUAUGUUUCAUUGCAAAUUUAUUAUACUUUCACAUGACACUGUUUUAAAAUUACAUUUGAGGAAUCCGCCUUUGAUAUAAAGAAGACGCUCCCGAAUCCGUCUCCGCCUCCUGUCGCUCGCUCUCCCUGUCUCCCGCACGCCGACCCGCAGCCGCCGCCGUUCGCCAUGGGUUUCCUCGACGCGCUCUACCGUGUGGUGAUGCGCCGCAACGCCGUCUACGUUACCUUCGUCGUCGCCGGCGCUUUCGCGGGCGAGCGGGCGGUGGACUACGGCGUUCACAAGAUCUGGGAGAUGAACAACCUCGGGAAAAGGUACGAAGACAUAUCGGUUUUGGGGCAGAGGCCAGCUGAGGAAUGAUAAAUUUUGGUCACCAGUUUGCUUCGGUUUGACCGUUUCAUUUUGGCACAGUAAUAAACGAUGUAAACUUACGCUGCUCCUAUGACCUCCUUCUCAUUCGUUUACUCUGAAAAUGCUUUUGUGGGGAUUUCGUGGUGCAUGAUUGAAACCUGUUAGGGCUUGUUCGGUUAGCUCUCAAUCCACAUCCAUGUGGAUUGAGUGGGAUUGGAUAGUUUUGAAUCCCAAACAAGUCAAACUUCUUCUCAAUUUUUUCCAAUCUCAUCCAAUCCAUAUGUAUUAGGAAUAACCGAACAAGCCCUUAUAUAGAACAUGCAAAUACUAAAAUACCUUGGAGGAUUCCUUUGUUACC